CGCAUGUCACUGUAGCUGCGCUAUUCGCAUAAUUCUGUUGUCUGUAGAGGGCAUAAAUUAUACAGCGGCAUCAGAUCUUAGAAAAGUAAGAGCUGGAGCAUAGCUCGCGUGAUUCAUUUCAGUAUAAAUUUGACAUUUGAACUUAAGAGACAGCUGUGUUUAAGCAGUCCUUCUGGAUUGGUGACAUACACAGUGAUGUCUUAUCCUCCUCACCUCAAUCGACAACAAAUUGGGAUACCUCAGCUGCCUCCGGGGAUCCCCCCACCGCAGUUUACAGGGUUUCCUCCUGCUGUGCCUCCAGGCACGCCGAUGAUUCCAGUACACAUGGGUAUAAUGACGCCCACUCCAACUGUGCUGGUUCCGACCACAAUGUCUAUGGCACAGAAACCAGCAAACCAGAGAAAGGAGGUGAUCACUACCCGGGCUAAAGAGCCAGAGGAGAGUGGGGCAGCCAGCGGGGGGCCCACUACCACUGUGUUUGUAGGGAAUAUCUCUGAAAAGGCCUCCGACAUGUUAGUGAGACAGUUACUGGCGAAAUGUGGCUUGGUCUUAAGCUGGAAGAGAGUGCAAGGUGCCUCUGGAAAACUUCAAGCCUUUGGCUUCUGUGAAUAUAAGGAGCCUGAGUCCACAUUGAGAGCCUUGAGGCUUCUCCAUGAACUACAGAUCGGGGAUAAGAAGUUGCUGGUUAAGGUUGAUGCUAAGACCAAGGCCCAGCUGGAUGAGUGGAAGGCCAAAAAGAAGAGUGCCAAUGGAGAAGCCAAGGUGGAAGAUGGGGCCAAAGAGGAAGAGGAUGAAGAAGAGGUGUUGGAUGAAGAGACCAAGAGGCGGGAUCAGAUCGUAAAAGGUGCCAUCGACGGCUUAAUUCGUGAGUACGCUAGCGAACUUAACGCUACCUCACAGGAUUCCGAAGCCCACCACAGAAAGAAACGCAAAGAGAAGAAAGAGGAGGAGGACAUCAAUGCCAUCGAGAUGGAGGAGGACAAACGUGACCUCAUAUCUAGAGAAAUCAGUAAAUUCAGAGAUACUCACAAGAAACUCGAGGAGGAGAAAGAGAAAGAAAGACAGGAAAUCGAACGAGAGAGGAGGGAAAGGGACAAAGAGAGAGAACGAGAAAGGGAGAGGCGGGACAGGGAACGCGAGAAGGAACGAGAACGAGAGCGACUGAAGGAGAGAGAGAAAGAACGAGAGAGGGAACGGGACCGUGACCGCGAGAGGACGAAAGAGAGGGAGAGAGAGAGAGAACGGGAAAAGGAGAGGAGCCGCGACCGCAGCAAAGACCGCAGCAGGUCCAGGGAGAGAAGCCGAGACGAGAAAAAGCGCGAUCGCGAGGAGGACGAAGAAGAGGCGUACGAACGGAGGAAACUAGAGAGGAAGCUGAGGGAGAAGGAGGCAGCCUAUCAGGAGCGACUGAAGAACUGGGAGAUCAGGGAGAGAAAGAAGGCCAGGGACUACAGCAAAGAGACGGAGAGAGAGGAAGAGAGACGUCGAGAGAUGGCCAAAGAAGCCAAACGGCUGAAAGAGUUUCUGGAAGAUUACGAUGACGACAGAGACGACCCAAAGUACUACAGAGGCAGUGCUCUGCAGAAACGGUUCAGGGACAGAGAGAAGGAGAGAGAGCUGGAUGAAAGAGACAGGAAGAGAGAAAAGGAGGAGCUGGAGGAGAUCAGACAGAGACUGCUGGCCGAGGGACACCCCGACCCCGACGCCGAACUGCAGAGGAUGGAGGAGGAGGCGGAGCGGGAGCGACAGCCUCCGCUGAAGCAGGAGCAGCUGGUUGAGGAGGAGCAGAGGAGCUCUCGAGAAGAACGACACAGAAGAGGAGGAGGAGGCGGGGCUCCAGAGCAGGAGAUGCGCUCGGACGAAAACGACGUCGAAGACGGCGAGGAUGAGGACGACGACGAAGAACCCAAGCCGUGCCUAAAGCCCACGCUCCGACCGGUCGCCGCGGCGACGUCCAUUUCAUCCGCCAGCGGAAACGUAACGCCCAACACGCCGGGCAACGAAUCGCCCUGCGGCAUCAUCAUCCCGCACGAAAACUCCCCACCAGAGGCCCAGCCGCUCGAGGAGCACCGACCAAAGAUUGGCUUAAGCCUGAAAUUAGGAGCCACAAGCAGUCCGAACCAACCUCACGCCGUAAAGCGUAAGAAGCUGGCCCCGGUCGACAGCGUCUUUAAUAAGUUUGAUGACGACGAGGCUGACGAGGCGCCCCGGAAGAGGAAGCUGGUGCCCCUGGACUACAACGAGGACGAAAAGAGCGGCCUGGGGUUGGAUGGGGCAGAGGUCACGGGGACUAAGGGUGGAGUGAACACGGAGGAAAAACGCAAGCAUAUCAAGAGUCUGAUCGAGAAAAUCCCAACAGCCAAACCCGAACUUUUCAACUAUCCGCUGGACUGGAGUAUGGUGGACACGACUCUGAUGGACCGGCGGAUUCGACCGUGGAUCAACAAGAAGAUCAUAGAGUACAUUGGCGAAGAGGAAGCCACACUAGUUGACUUUGUCUGUUCAAAGGUAAUGGCUCAUAGCACACCGGAAGGCAUACUGGACGACGUUGCUAUGGUACUGGAUGAAGAGGCAGAGGUCUUCAUCGUGAAGAUGUGGCGGCUGCUAAUCUACGAAACAGAGGCCAAGAAAAUAGGCCUCGUUAAAUAAUGAGACUCAGAUUUUUUUUUUUUUUUUUUUUUGUACUCUUAUAAUCCAUCAGCACUGAUCUAAAACACACUACAGCAGAUCUUUGACUGCGGACCUGUACUCCUGUCCAGCUACAGUGAAGCUCUACAGCCCCAGAGCUACCGCUGCUGUGUAUGUGUGUACGUGCGUGCGUGUGUGUGUG